AAUGGUUCGUUACUUGACGAGUGAUCGAUAUGGUGGAGGCGCUGGAUUCGAGACUAUGGUCGGAAGCCGUAUGCGCAUGUCACUUCACUUGGACGAUCUCUUUCUGUCGUGGCAUCUGGAGAAUUCACCAGUAGUCUCGCCAUAAAUUCACCAUGGGUAAAGAGAAGGUUCAUAUUAAUAUUGUCGUCAUUGGACACGUCGACUCUGGCAAGUCCACCACCACUGGACAUUUAAUUUACAAAUGCGGUGGUAUCGACAAACGUACCAUCGAGAAAUUCGAGAAGGAAGCCCAGGAGAUGGGCAAAGGUUCCUUCAAAUACGCAUGGGUAUUGGACAAGCUGAAAGCCGAACGUGAACGUGGUAUCACUAUUGAUAUCGCUUUGUGGAAAUUUGAAACUGCUAAAUACUAUGUUACUAUUAUUGAUGCUCCUGGACACAGAGAUUUCAUCAAAAACAUGAUUACUGGUACCUCUCAAGCCGAUUGUGCUGUAUUGAUUGUGGCUGCUGGUACUGGUGAAUUUGAAGCUGGUAUUUCGAAAAAUGGACAAACUCGUGAACAUGCUCUGCUUGCUUUUACUCUUGGAGUAAAGCAACUGAUCGUUGGUGUCAACAAGAUGGACUCCACCGAACCGCCAUACUCCGAAGCCCGAUUUGAAGAAAUCAAGAAAGAAGUAUCGUCUUAUAUUAAGAAGAUUGGUUAUAACCCGGCUGCUGUUGCAUUUGUGCCAAUUUCUGGUUGGCAUGGAGACAACAUGUUGGAAGCUUCUUCCAAAAUGCCCUGGUUCAAGGGAUGGAACGUUGAACGUAAAGAGGGUAAAGCAGAAGGAAAAUGCCUUAUCGAAGCUCUCGAUGCCAUUCUUCCUCCUACGAGACCUACGGACAAGGCUCUUCGUCUUCCUCUUCAAGACGUAUACAAAAUUGGUGGUAUUGGAACAGUACCAGUCGGACGUGUCGAAACUGGUGUAUUGAAACCAGGUAUGAUCGUCACAUUCGCUCCUACGGCUUUAACCACUGAAGUUAAGUCCGUCGAAAUGCAUCACGAAGCUUUGCAAGAGGCUGUUCCUGGUGACAAUGUUGGUUUCAACGUUAAAAACGUAUCCGUUAAAGACUUGCGUCGUGGUUAUGUAGCCGGAGAUUCUAAGAACAAUCCACCUAAAGGUGCUGCUGAUUUCACUGCACAGGUAAUCGUGCUGAACCAUCCAGGUCAAAUCAGCAAUGGAUAUACACCAGUGUUGGAUUGUCACACUGCUCAUAUCGCGUGUAAAUUCGCGGAAAUCAAGGAGAAGUGCGAUCGUCGUACUGGAAAGACCACCGAAGAAAAUCCAAAAGCUAUCAAAUCUGGGGAUGCUGCUAUUGUUGUGCUCGUUCCGAGCAAGCCCAUGUGCGUCGAAGCUUUCCAAGAGUUUCCACCUUUAGGACGUUUUGCUGUUCGUGACAUGCGUCAAACGGUGGCUGUCGGUGUCAUCAAGGGUGUCAAUUUCAAGGAUGCUACUGGCAAAGUCACCAAGGCUGCCGAGAGGGCCCAGAAAAGGAAAUAACUAGUUUCCGUACAUAUGUAUUGCCAGAUGGGCGUCGGUGUAUAGUAGCCGAAGUAGUUUACCUUCUUUUUUCACGUUCCUCGCGCGAGAACAGCGUUAUAUUAUUACCAUCGCAAACUGCAAUAUUUUCUACAAAAUCGCAACCAAUGAAUAAGAACAAUAGAAUUGAUAAAAAAUCGCGACGACUGGCUUUUCAUGUGUGUGAAAUUACACGUUCGCCACAUUUCUUUGACAUUCGUAUAUUUCGUUUAUCGAAGUGGUUGCUUCGUCAUUUUUCUCAUCGGAAAGAAUUUCGUAGGAAAGGUGAACGGCCGAACGAUGGCGACACAACCAACCUAUUUCUUGUUUCCACGAGUUCCGUGCAAAAAGAAAGUAAACUACAAGAACUACUUUUAACAUCUGUUUCACAAGAACAUCAACAGACUUCAUAAUUUAGCUCGGCUUAAUUAUAUUUUCUAAUUAUACGGAAAUAAAUCCUAUAUCUGCGAUA